CCUUCACUACACAUACACACACACACACACACACAUAUUUAGAUAUACACGAUCACAUAAUAAUAUUAAAAUUCGAAUGUUGUUUUUAUCCGUUUUGUUCUACCGUUUCCUAUUUGUUGUUGUGUCGUAAGAUUUGUGGACCAAAUGACGGAAGUAUCUUACUAAACGUGUUUGGCCUUUUGCCGCUGUUGAUUCUGAACGAUGCAUUUGAGGACGUCAAUUUCAAAAACGACAAGAAGGGUGGUCAAAAUAAUACAGCAGUUGAGUUUUUAAAAUCAAAUGGAAUGUCGGUUGAUGGCCGUUGCGUCGUCAUAACGGUUGUUUCCAUUGCCGAUCAAUAAAUGAAUAGGUCUAGAUCAGGUUAUGAUAGUGAAACAGAUGAUGGAGAUGACUCGGACGAUUAUGCGAUGCCACUUGGUGUUCCAGUAUUGUCGAGUGAUGAUGGUCGACGGUUGGUCGAAUAUAAACCAUCGAACACCUCCAUCAACAAAGGCCGUUGGACCAAAGAUGAAGAUAUGCGACUUAAACAGUUAGUAGAUGAGUAUCAAGAACGAUGGGAUCUUAUUGCUCAACAUUUCAAUGAUCGUUCUGAUAUUCAGUGCCAACAAAGAUGGCAUAAAGUAGUAAAUCCUGACCUAGUUAAAGGGCCUUGGACAAAAGAAGAAGAUGAAACAGUCCUGGAAUUAGUUGAAAAAUAUGGUCCUAAAAAAUGGACACUAAUUGCACGCCAUUUAAAAGGCAGAAUAGGUAAACAAUGUCGUGAACGAUGGCAUAAUCAUUUGAAUCCAAAUAUAAAAAAAAGUGCUUGGACUGAUGAAGAAGACAGAAUAAUAUUUAGAGCGCAUAGUCAAUGGGGAAAUCAAUGGGCUAAAAUUGCUAAGCUUUUGCCUGGAAGGACUGAUAAUGCUAUAAAAAAUCAUUGGAAUUCAACAAUGCGUCGCAAAUAUGAAAUUGAUGAAAAAGGUGAAGUUUAUGGUAAACAUAUGUUAAAACCAAAAACUAAAAGUAUUAGAGCUCCUAUGGAUAAUAAAGAUGACUCCACAAGUAGUCUUCCUAGUGUAGUACAAAUUAACCAAUCUGAAUACAUUACUAUUGACAUGCCUAAUACUCAGUAUAUUGGUUGGAUGCCUCCUAAAUAUAUACCUGAUAAUCCUAUUAAAGAAGACCCUGAUCAAGAUGUUCUUGAUAAGGCUGAAGUUGAAGCUGCUGCUGAAGUUCUUAAUUCUUUAAUGUCUACACCUCAAAAAAAAAAUGAUGAUAUAAGUAAAGAUGUGUUCAAGGUCAAUUACAAACUGGAGUCUCCUCCAAGGCCAGCUUCUGUACCCCUUCAAACCAAUUCUCCAUCAUGUUACUCUCCAUAUAGGUUAUUUGAAACCGGAGGUUAUAUAGAUACUCAGCAAGCUAACAGUGUGGUUGGUAACUCUCCUGAUGAAGGAUAUGCUGAGUUACAUCUUGUUACUCCUAUUAAAACACCAAAAAAAGAAAUUUAUUAUCAAUAUGGUGCUAGUCCAAAUAAACAAAAUUUAUACUCUCCUAGUAAACUUAACAGAAGGCGUAGAAGUUUUUCAGAAUAUCCAGAAAUAGGCAUGAAUAUACAGUGUAACACUAUUUUAUCAGGUUUGAGUAUACCAGGAACACCUGAGAAACGGACUCCAAUUAAACAACUUCCAUUCAGUCCCUCACAAUUUCUGAAUAGUCCAUCAUUGUCAUUUGAUGUUAAUUCAUCAUCUACACCUGUAAGAAGGUUAUUGCCUAGCUGUAGUCGUAAGAUCAAUGAAGAAUCCGAUGAGAGUACAAAAUCGGAUACACUAGUAACUCCAAAUUUUACUUAUAAGUUUGCUGGGAGAAGUCGUGAUGAUGUUAAAACUCCAGAAAUGUGUAAAACUAAUACACCUCACACACCUACCCCAUUCAAGAUUGCACUUGCUGAAGUAGGCCGAAAAAUGGGUGUUAAACAUUUGGUUCAGUCACCAUCUGCAUUGAUAGAAGAUAUAACAGAUUAUAUUAAGCAAGAAGAUAGAGUUAAAAAAGAAAUAGAACUUUCAGAUUCACAAUAUGAAACUGACAGCUCAAACAUGUUUUGUGAUACAAAUGAUGCAGUUGCUUGUGGUAAAGAAAAUGCUGAACCUGUAUCUCCCACGCCCCAAAAAAAAGCGAGGAAAUGUCUUGCUCCUGUAUGGGCUUCACCUACUGCUUCAUGGAAUCAAGCUUUGGAAACAUCUCCAAAAGCUAUUAAGACUUCGAAUUCUGGAGAAGAUUUCCAAUCCACCCAUUCAAUUAAUGUAUCAAAAGUUGUGUUCACUCCUGAAGAAUAUUCAGCUUCAAAGAAUGGCCCUACUGCCUCACCAAGCAUAUCAAAAGCAACAGUUAUCCGGCAGCAGUUACCACAGUCAUCCGACGGCAGCAGUGUCCUCAAGCGUUUACACCUUGGAAGUCCACUCAGACAAAAAUGGACAGGUCUUGUUUCCAAGGAUGAUGUAAGAUGGAAAAUUACAUGUGGUAAAACUACAGACCAACAAGAAAUGACAGCUAUGGCAUACAAAUGUCUGCAGAUGAAAUCACCUUCGAAUUUCACUGCCAAGGCAACUAGUUUUAAACCAAGACAACUGACUUUUUAAAGCUAACCAUUCUCUUUUUAUUGUUAGUUAAAAUACUUUUUAUUUCAAGUAUUAGUGAAAAUUUAUUGAAUUUUUUUUUAAUUUUUAAUAAGAGUGAGUUUUACCUUAGUAAUAUUUCCUGUGUUUUCAUUUCUUUGUUUAUUUUUCACAUUGUUAUAAUUUUUUAAUAAUUACCUUUUUUGUAAUCUUAUGUUAUUUUAUGACAUAGAAACCAAAUGCAAUUUCUUAGUAGUAUUCUUUUAAUUAUAAGUGACUAAUGUAUAAUAAACAUAUAAAGUAAAUUUUACAUAUAUUUCAAAUAUUCUUUUUUGCUGUACAUAAAUUUAAUUUAAAUUGUAAUUUGUAUAUUUAUAUGCACUUAUGUAAAUUUUAAUUAAUUUUUUUUUUUGCUUAAUAGCACUACCAUUAACAGAAACCUUAUUUUGAUAAUAUUUAGUUUUAUCUUUGUAAACGAGUUUCAUUGAUUUUGUUUUAACAUAUUUUGUACCAAAUUGAACUCGUGUUUCAAAUAAAAAUAUAGUGAUUGUAGCAAUGA